CUCGCCAUGAUCCCCGACACCCCCGCCGUGCGCCAAUGGUGGCAUGAUGCCAACCGCCACGACCUGCUGCACAAGCCCUCGGCGUACUACUGGAAGGUCGUCGAUCCCGCCAAUAACAACCACCUGGUUGCGUACGCGAAAUGGGAUCUGUCGCCGGCGCAUGAACGGGGCCCUCGUUUCCCACCUUGGCAUGGGGAGAUGGACAAGGCCAAGUGUGAUGCCUAUUUUAUUGAGGGGCUGGAGAAGGAACGCAAGAGGUUGUUUGGGGAGAAGAAGAAUUACUAUCUGGACAUGUUGGCUACGGAUCCUGCGUAUCGUCGUCGAGGCGCGGGUGGGAUGCUGGUGCAAUGGGGAUGCGAAGUGGCCGAUCGCGAUGGGAUGCCCGUCUACAUCGACGCCACGCAGGAGGGGAAGCUGCUGUACAGCCGGUUCGGCUUUGAGGAUCGCAGCGGCCCUGGCUGUGCGGAGCGAGGGACCUUUCCGGUGGUGAGAGAGCCAGAAAGAAACUGAACAUGCAUGGACAUCCCGUGUAGAUAUAAAAUGCCUGAAUGAGAGGAAGAAAAGACUCCUGGGAGCACUCCGUAUUGCCCGUAGACUGAAGAUUGAGACAGCCAACCACAGCGCGAGAAUAUGUCAACGCCAAGGGCGAAUCUCCGAGGUUUGGCCAGGGGCAUUUGCUGCACUGAAACAGGUCACCCAGCA